GUUCAUUAAUUCACCUUCACAUUUCAUUACCGAGCUUAAAAUUCACCAUCUUUAUUAACUUGUCAAUUUAUAUGUUAAACAAAAAAGGUUAACAACACCGUAUAUCAUGGGACUAAACCAUGCCUUUGAAGUUAUCUUUUCUUCUUCUUGUAGCUGCUGCCUUUUUGGCGCCCAGCUUCAGUGCUUUUGCUACAUCACUGAUAUGCUUUGACCACAUUUUGACCUUGUCAACUGCGUAACAUCUGCUCAGCCAUUUCGAUGUCAGGUGUGCCUCGUUUUGUAAGGAUUUUGAAGUGUUAAUAUGAAGGGUUAGAUACCAUUGUUGCACCAUUUCCUUUGCUGUAGUCUUUGACGUGAUCUUUGGCGUGAUCUUUGGCAUUCAAGUAGUGACCACUGCGGUGUUCAGAGCAUGUUGCACAAUUUGUGCUUCCCCAUGGUCUUUCACUGUCAGGAAUAGGAAAUGAAAGGUAAGAUAGAGGAGGUCCUCCUUCAUACCAGCAGUACUCUGUUUCUGGUGUGGACAACCUUUCUGGUAGCAUAGCAGUAGCUGAAACACAUACUGGCUUGGCAGGUCAUUGACCAUAUGUCUGGUUUGCAACUCCCAAACCUCAGUAAAGUAAUCAUAGAGCAAUUAGUGUUAUUCCUUUAGGCUUGCUUUGGCUUGUUUACUACCUUUGAGAAGUGUCAGCCAUAAGGGUCGUCUUUCCUGUAGCUUCUCAGACAGAUCAUUAUUACACCCCUUAAAAAAGUGUAUUUGAGAUCCAGCAAAUGGUGCUUGAUCACAACAACUGAUGUAAACAUAUCUGGCUGUGUCACGGUUGUCUUCAACUUUCCAUAGUCAAUUGCUCCUGUUUCAUCACAUUUGGAGCCAUGCAUAGUAGACGGUAUGCAGAAAUUUGCACGGGCAGUAACCAGGCAUCCAUUUUGUGGCUCUACACGGUUUAGGUAGGAUGAACCACUGCUCCAGAAUGUAUUAAAACCUAGUGAGUGCCGAAACUCCUUUGUUUUGAUAUCGGAAAAGGCAUUCCCACAGCGAUGGAGAUUUUUCUUCGCUUUUUUAAAAGAAUGACAAGUAUUUUGAAAGUGACGUACCGCUGACCAAUGUCAAACAAAUCCCGUAGGUGCAUCCCGGGAGUCUGGCGCGUUCGUUUAAAAAACAAACAAACAAUGUCCCUACCCUACGGGACAAAAUGUUUUUCAAAAAUGCACCGUUUCCCGCAUGUUCCCUGGGUUUUCCCGAGGGUUUCCCGCGGUUCAACCUCGGGGAAAGUCAAUGAUAAGUUCAUAAGCACGCAGUCUUAAAUGUCAGUCAUUUCCCGCCCUUGUUCAGGCCGGUAAUCACACCUAUUUUUUCUUGCCCGCUCUUUUGGAAGAGCUUAUAUGUGAGGUAACAAUUAUUUUUUUCUAUUUAUUAAUUGUUAAUAUUAUAUGACGCCACGAUGAUUUCAUUUUGCGUCAGAGAAGAAAUAAUCGCGUCGAUUGCGCAAAGAAGCCACGUAGAUUGGCCACUGGUAUCAGGCCUACUGGAAUUGAAAAGUUCGACAUUUGACUCAAAUUGAAUUCGACACGAGUGAAACACGAAGAUUGAAAUUCUCAGAGUCUUUCGGCCUCAGCUUGACUUUCGCCAAAAGUCAGAACCAGCAGUCGCACUGGCCAAGAGGAAUGCUCAAAUCAUUACGUCGUCAAUGCAAACAGUUGUUUUGUCAUGUUAAUGAACGUCCCAUGCCUACUACUUAGCUAAAGCCACUUAAAAUUUCAUUUGGAGUGUGUUUAGAAUGCCAAUUGUUUUUCACACACCACUGAAGUGAUAAUCGCCUUUUAUCUCAUGCGGUAUAAACUUGCUAAGUAACAUGGGUGAUAGCCGACGUCAAUGGUUUAAUUUGAAGAUUGUUUUCUGCAAGAUUAAAUCCUUUUUUUUGUUGGUGGUAAAAGGUUUUGACAACGAAUUUUUCAGAAGUGUGUUAAGAGCCAAUUAUUCUCAGUACCCCAGUGUAUCCGCAUCGUAAGAGUAAACGGGUCAAAAAUAGAUAGAAAGUGAGUUUGACAGAACAUAAUGAAAAUCUAAGUCGUGAUUUGCUUUGGUUUUCUUUUAUCGAGGUUUUCCUUGGGGAAGUUUCUUGCUGAGGUCGUGAAAUUGUUUUCAGCAAUUCCCAGAUGAAUAUUUGGCUACUCAAUCUAUGUCUCAGCCUGCGCACCCAAAAUAAACUAAAUUUAUCGUUCAAGCGUAGUUAUCAUAGUUAUCCCAAAUUGCUUGUAAACUUUUCAAUUUUCGUGCAGAUGAAAAUAGGUUUUUGUUCUAGAUAGCGGCGUCAUAGAAUAUGUUCAAAACAUCACAUGAGGCUUUUUUGACGGUUCCCUCGUAAACUAUUCUUUUUUAUGUGUUUACAGGCAGUGUUGAAAUCAUUAAUACUUUCGAGACGAUGACAAAAGAAUCGACACGAUAGUUUGGGUUGCUAAUCAGUCUUAAGUUUAUUUCGUCCAAGUUUUAUAUUUUAUAGUUAUUAUUAUUUUUCCAAUAAACCACGCGAAACAAGUUCGAUAGGAAGUCGUUUGAAUGGAAAACCUGUUGUAAUCGGUCAAUAUAUUGGCUGGUACCUCAUUGCACCCCAUGCGGUAACUAACACAUCCUAUGGCCUUGCUCGACGUUUCACAUCCCUUGUUGUCGUCUGCAGCACUUCUUUUUCUCGGUUUCACGGCAAAUGAACAUACCCGCGGUUUGCCGCAAUGCAGUUUGAAGGCACUAUAACAAAAACAACUUUCUGAAACCAAUUAGCGGGAUGUUUUCCAGGUUGCUUUGAAAAGUCAGGAAAUUCGCCGUUUGGACGUAAAUUUGUGUGCGAUUCCUUCCUUUGUGUUGGUGUGAAAUUCCAAUUUUGCCAGAACUCGAGUUUUGUGUUGGGUAGCCAGUCAAAUUUACAGUUUCCUUUAUUUGAUUAAGAUCGAAAUAAAUCAUUUCAUUUUCCUCAAAACCAAUCUUUUUUCAAUCGCAUUUUAGUUAGGGAUUGUCACAUCGAUGUUAUUUAUUGCGAAGCGGAAAAAAUGCUUAUAUAAAAAGCUAACCCACGCAAAAUAUGGAAAACCGAAAUACAGAAAUAGGCGACAGUAACUGAAUAGCAAACGUUGUAGGUGGAAAAGGUAGAAAGGGCGUUUAAUCAAUAAAAUCUGAAGGCUUCGUCUUUUUUCCGAAAGUUUCUGAUGUGAUAAACGCGAAAAAGUAAUUUUAGAAUCGGCAAUGAAACAUUGGCGGGAAAAUAGGUGGAGAUUUGCAUUUUAGUACCAAACCAGACGACACUUAGCCUAAUUAGAAGUCUAUACGCAGACUUCUUUGUUUAUGAGAAGAUUGCAGAGAGUCUCUUACACAGAAACAUUACUCGCUCCAGGUAAUUUGAGAUACCAAAGGCUUUCAAGGGAAAGUCACAAAAGCAUCAUGUGAAAGGCGAUGAAUUCUGCGAUUCGUGUUGAACGGCGUUGGCGUCUCCAGCGAACCAAAAUUAACAUACUCUUAUCAACAGUAGAUGGGAAACAAUGGAGAGACAAUGUGACUGGCUAGUCGCAGAAUUAUAAUAGAUAGCGUUCUCUUGUUGAAUAAUGAAUUGCAGCAGCUCUCCCGAAUAGUGACAGGUGUUUGGGUUGUAAUUGUGAAAUGUUUGAGCUCUAAACCGUGACGUGGAAGCGAUAAAAAGUAAUUUUCGCUCAAUCAAAAAUGGUCUGCAUUUUGAAGCGCUUCAAAGAUGUUAUCUGUUGUUUUGUAAGCUUGGCUUGAUUUUUCCUGGCACAUGAGAUCGUGCCGCGUUAUUUUUCAACUCUGAGUUAACGAGGUUGCCUGUUCUUACUUUGGCCGCUUCGCCAAGCGCAGGCGAGCACGCUGGGAAAAGAGGUCCAAUGUUAGCUAGGUGAAUAAUGCGUUUUAAAAGUGCAAUGCACUCGACGACGACGAACAAAUGACUUCGAAAUUUUGUACCUGUCAGUCACCAUCGCGUCGAAGGAAAGUUGACGAUGCUUUGUCCUUCGAAAGCGAUAAAGUUACGGAAGAGCUAGUACCGCUACCCAACGGAUUCACCCAUCAACAUGAUAACGGGGAUGCAGAACAUGAAAGUGCGCCUUGCUUAGCUGGCGAUGACUCCGUUGGAGCCGUUAAAAAAGAGCGAAAACGAAGGAUUUAUCGCGUUUGGGAGUACUACCUGCGGCACAACACUUUACACGGCCUUCACUAUGUGUUCGACACCAAGUCGAUUUGGCGCAAAUUGAUUUGGGUCGCAGUCCUGUUAAUCGCUGGUGGAAUGUUUUUCAACGAGGUCAAGGAAAGUAUCAAACAGUAUUUCGAAUAUCCGUUUAGCACAAUUGCUACCGUUGAUUACCCAGAUAAAAUAAGACUUCCGGCCAUUUCCAUUUGUGAUCUGCGCGACAUAAGAAAAACUAUUCUAAGCAAUUCAAACCUACAGUGGCAACGUGAUUAUGACACCGGCUCGAAUUCCAAAAGGCAAAAUUUGGAACCCUCCAUGAACGAUGUUCUUAAUGAAGCUUCCUCCAUCUUAGAUGAAAUUUUAAUUUCUUGUUCUUUGAAGCGAGGUGUUACGUCUAGCAAGGCAGUGCCGUGUGAUAGUGGAAACUUUACUCUCUUCCUAUCUUCAGACGGCCACACUUGCUACACGUUAAACUCGGGGGCUGGCGGCCGCCCGCUUAUAGAAACGGAUAAUGUCGGCCCACUUUACGGAGUAAAUAUGGUGUUGAAUACGCGGCCUCUGGAGGAAGGCAAAAUGUACGGUGGAAGUGGAAUGAAAGUUAUUCUUCACCAGCAGGACGAACUGCCAUUGAAGAGAGUAGGAUUUCACGUACCUCCGGGCUAUGUGACUUUCGUUGACAUGAAAAAGCAAAAGCUUAAAAACCUUCGAGAUCCUUUUAGCACCAACUGUAGCGGAAAAAGUCUGGACUAUUUUCCGGAAUAUUCUCGUAACAAAUGUUAUCUGGAAGGAAUGACCAAAUACGUCACUAACAAAUGCGGCUGCAGAGGUUGGUUCAUGCCAGAAACAACGGAUAAUAUCACCGCAUGUUCAUUGAACCAGACUCUGGAUUGUAUGUGGCCUGCAUGGGAGGAAUACGAGCAAUCCAAUGUUAACAGCCCAGUUGAAUGUCCAGUAGAUUGUGAGAAGGUGUCUUAUGAAGCCCAGUUAUCUGCAACUCUCUACCUGCCUCAAAAACUUGUGCCUUUAAAAAAACACGAGAAACUCAAGCAAGCCAAGCACAUGCCCAAUGACACAGACGGCAUGGUUCAGUUUAUGUUGGACUACUAUGUGGUGUUGUCGUUAUACUUCAGUGAAUUGAGAAUUGACAUUUUUGAGCAAACUCCUUCUUAUGGAUUUUUUAGAUUAGUGGGUGACGCGGGUGGUCAACUUGGCCUUGUGUUAGGAGCUAGUUUCAUCACAAUACUGGAAGUUAUCGACCUGGUUAUCAUGUUUGCCAUCAACUGGUUUCGAUCUAAGCCACCCAACAAAACCACAAAUAUAUCGUGAAUCACGUGCUUGAUGCUCAGCUGAUAUUUUGUUGCUGAUUCGAUGAAACACCGUGUGAUUGUAAUGAAUGUUGUGAAGCAUCUUGUAAAUGGAUGAGGCUGACCCUGAAGUUAUGGAAGCUACUACAGUACUGUGUGCAUGAGGUCUUCCGUUUGGAUAUUCGUUCGAAGGCUGACCGUACAAACAUGCUGAACAUACCCAGUAACACUGUUUAAUGGAUGACAGUAAAAUCUAACUUCAUCAGGAAGUGUAAAGCGUAAGACUGGCCAUUACCAAAAUUAUUUUGAUCGAGAUAAUUUUGCGAAACCUAGAUUGCACUCUAGGCGAUACAUGUGAAUUCCAAAUAUCAAGUUUGGAAACAGUGAGUUGAAAAUUGCUUCAGCUCGGCUAAGAACUAAAAGGGAACUAUCUGCAUCAUCCGUUGAGUUGUCGAAAAAGGCGGGAAAAUCAUCUUAAGGCCUGCGCUCAAAAAAAACAGAUAUUUAGCAAGUUAUCGGGGAUAGAAUCGCAUUAUAGAGGUUGUUGCACUUACCAAAGCUAACAGUGAAGGUAAAGUCCAUUAAAGAAAACUAUUAUCAAAAGUAAAAAGCUGUUAUUUUAGUCUGUUCUUCGUUUUACCUCGGAAACCAGAUCCAAGACUGGGAUUUUUCCUUUCUACAUCUGAGGGAUUUAAAUCUUACAUCUGAAAAUGCAGUUUAAAAUCCGUCAGUGCCUUUGUAUAUUUCUGUACAUUUUGAACUUUUUUAAACUUAGCCAAACGCAGAAAUCACUUCACGCAUUCGCUUCGUCAUAGAAGGGAUAACAUCGCAAAAGUUAACUAAUUCAUUCAUGUUUUUUGUUUUUUUUUUUGAUCAAGUCUUGUGCUGUUAGGCCAGGGCGGACAGAACGUAGUUUAACAGAAUAAAGUUAGGCUAUGGUGAAUCUUGUUGUUAGGAGAUUACUGGAAAAUAAAAGUGCAUACUAACUUACUAGUUAUAAUAAAACCAGUUCUGACAACAUAUAACGACAUUCGCUUGGAAGAGAUCUUUUAGUUUCCUCUCGUAGCUUCAUAAUUCCAAAUACGAUCUUUGCAGCAUUUUGACAGUUGCAUACAAUCUUUUUGGUUUUACCCGUUAUUUUCUGGAGGUAGAUUAAAGAUUGCGAACUUGGCCAUAGCCAAGGGUGAACUGGCGUAAUUAUUUUUAAAUUCGUGAGGAGAAUCGCCGAAAGAAACUCUCUAAGAAAAAGAAAAACACUCCUUAAUAGCAGCUGUCAGUUUGCUGGAGAAAAGCAUUGGCAGAAGUUGGUCGCAAAUAUGUCAAAAGUAGAAAUGAAAGCAGGAGCUAGAAAUAUAUAAUCCUGUAGAUAAGGAAAAGAAGUUCUCUUGCUGUGGUGUAGAAUUAGUCAAUAGAGUAAUUAUAUGUAAAAAAAUAGAAACAAAAUCAAAUAAAUGACGAUUUAUUAAGAAUAUUGAA